AUGGUGACGACUGAGCUGUUACAAGAGUUAGAGAAGACCCGGGAGGCAAACGCCUUGAAGGAUGUACUUGAGAUAUCUUGCCAGCCUCGAGAGUUGGGCGGCUUAGAGAUAUCUGAAGUUUGCCAGCUCAGCUCAGUACAAGAAUCUGAGAUUCUUUUCUUGUCAUCUGCGUGGCUAGAGGCGCUGAAUUCAGCAGAUCGUGCAAAAAGUUUGCCGGAACCCAUACCACGCCGCCCAGUAGGCCGACGGGGAAUGACACUUAGUGAGAAGAUAUUCGCUAUGCAUGACAUGGGAGGUAAAGGCUUCGUUAUCCCCGGGGAGCUGAUUCGAGUUCAUGUGGACUGGGUCAUUGCAUCCGAGGCAUCCUGGGCUGGAAUGGAGAGAACGUAUGAUAGUCUCGGUAAACCGGGAAUAUUCCGUAAUGACCGAUUCUGGCUUGCCGGAGAUCAUGUUGUGGAUCCUAGGGUCAAUAAACUGCCAAAGGUGCAGGCGCUGAUUGACGCAAGUGAACGUGCGAAGAAGGUCUUUAAGAUGACGGAUUACCAAGGCAUGAAUUAUACCAUUCUCCACACCGAGUUCUACAGAGAACGUGCGCAGCCUGGCAUGGUAAUCGUUGGGUCGGACUCGCACACAUGCUCAUCUGGUGCCUUGGGAUGUCUUGCCAUCGGGUUGGGUGCUGCGGACGUUACCUUGCCACUAGUAACGGGAGAAACAUGGUUUAAAGUCCCAGAAUGUAUUAACGUUUGCCUUGUAGGGGCCCCAGGACCUGGAAUUGGAGGCAAGGAUGUGAUCCUUUAUAUUCUACAGCAGCUGAAACGAAACACUGUCGCCUCGGAUCGAAUAGUCGAGUUCACUGGUCCUGCUGUCAAACACCUUUCUGCAGAUGCUAGGUUCGCAAUUUGCAACAUGACUACGGAAUUUGGUGGAGUUACUGGUAUCUUCGCGCCAGAUCAAAUUACCCACGAGUUCAUCCAAAAACGACAUUUGGCACGACACAAGAAUCUUACGACAUAUUUCAAGCCCGACGAUGACGCAGUAUAUCCCAAGCCCGACGACGUUGUUCCUGUCCAGGAUCACGAGGGACUGAAACUGGAUGGCUGCUUCAUCGGCGCUUGUACUACGGCAGAAGAGGAUCUGAUUCUCGGUGCGCUCGUUCUAGAGCAAGGGCUGAAAGAGGGGCAAAGACCAGAGAAGGGGGGUUUGAGGAAGGUCGUUCCAGGCUCAUUGCCAAUCCUCCACAAACUCCGUAGACUGGGACUCAUUGAUAUCUAUGAGAAUGCUGGUUUCGAGAUUGGUAUUCCUGGGUGUAGCUACUGUGUGGGCAUGUCGGCAGAUCAGGCCAGACCUGGGGAGGUUUGGCUAUCAUCGCAAAACCGAAAUUUCGAAAACAGGAUGGGAAAAGGCUCGAUUGGGCAUCUUGCCUCUGCCGCGACAGUAGCAGCAUCUUCCUUCAGCAUGAAAGUCACAGAUCCCCACGAGUUGCUGGCGGCAAUUGACCUUGAAAUCUGGAAUAAUCUCAGAGGCUUGAAAUCAAGUGAAGAAGAACAAAUUCUUGAUUGGCCCCAAUAUAUGGAACCCCGUGGCGGCCAUGAUUCAUCAUUGAUAGAACCACAAGGAGUACAAGACUCCGCUGAUGUGGGUCAUCCCGCAUUAGAGAAUGCCGCAACAUCUAUUCUGACUGGCAAGGUCCUCACGCUUGGCGACUUUGUUGACACUGAUGCGCUUGCGCCUGCCGACUUUCUUAUGAGCAUGAGAGAUAACAAGACCAGCGGAAUGCACUGUCUAGAGCAUACCCAUCCGGACUUUCGUGCUCGUGUAGCCAACGGAUUCAACAUCGUGGUUGCCGGUAGAGGUUUUGGCUGUGGGUCAUCGCGGGAACAAGCCGUAAUGGCCCUACUGGAUUUUUGGCAGGAUGCGGUGUCCAAUGCGUAA